UUCACCACCACCACCACAGCUGCUGAGACAGAACAACUUCAUGCAUAUUGUUCUCUGCAGUGCUUGUAGAACAUUCGGAUUGGAAUAAUAUUGUUGUCCCGGCUGGAAAUUUUGAUUUCAAAAGAAAAUUAAAAUGCUAGCCAAGGACAGAAAUCUGAUUGGGUUUGGGGAAGAAAUCACAGACUACAAGUUUAACGGGAUUUUGGACUGGUUGGUCAAAGUGAAUGAUCCGAGAGAGAUUUGGAAGGCACAGCCGACCUAUCUCAUUUCCGAAUGGACCUUCAUCACCAUCGGCCUCCUGACCUUCAUCCACUCUCAACGGGUGGGCGGUAGGUUUCGAUGGCUCUGGUUGACCACGGUCCUUCAUGGGUUGAUCGUAGAAAAUGUGACCUUUUGGACCCCCGUUAUCAACAACUUUUGGCACUCCCAAACCACAAUCGUCCUCCUGGGGAGGCGUCUCCCCCUCCACAUCAUUUGCUUGUACCCCACAUUCAUCUACACCGCGUCCGUCUGCGUUUCCCGGCUACGCCUCGGCACACUCGCCAACGCCCUCGCCGUGGGCUUAUCCGUCGUCCUGAUUGACAUCCCGUAUGACAUCAUGGCCGUCAAGUUCGUCCACUGGACGUGGCACGAUACCGACCCCAACAUUUACGACCGGCAUUACUGGGUCCCUUGGACGUCGUACUAUUUCCACGCCACCUUCGCGGCCGCGGUCACCUACGCGUUCCACUUUUGGAGGCGGACCUUGUGUCAGAAUGACCCCGAAAAUCCGUGGGUUUCGGAUAAGCGGGUAUCCCGGGAAUUGCUGGCGUCCGUGUUGACCGCGUUGUGCGGCAUGCCGGGGGGAGUCAUCCAAUUUUUGCCGUUGUACCACCCACUCCACGACUUUUUUGGGAUCCACACGGAAAAUUGUGUGAUUACGCUGUUCGUCAUUUUCUUCUUGAUUGCGUGGAAGAACGAUAGGAAGCCGGUCGUGGGAUCGAGACCGAUGGGAAAAUCUGGUUGGAAAAUCAACGAGCUCGUCCUCGCCUUGAUCCUGCACUACAGCGUGUACCUCGGAAUGGCCCUUUACGGAGACCCUCAACACGAAGUGUCAGUCGGACUCCAUGAAAAAAUUGGACCCUGCAACGAAAUGAUGGAACUGAAAACAAUGUUCACCUUAAUCACGGGCGAGACUGCCGAACGUCGCAAAUUCUUAUGUCCAACGGACUAUGACGAACAAUAUUUUGACUUCCGGUGUCUCUCCGGGGACAACACACCUCCAAAAAUGGGGUCGGAAUGGUACACAAUUUGUGGCACGCCGUUCCCCAAUCGGGCAGAAUAUAUUCAAGUUCUUGCGACAAUUUGUUUCUUGGCCUUCAUGUUGUUCAAAGCGAUGUUGUUCAAUUCCGGUGAUGAAUGGACGACUUCACCCAGUGUUGGAAAACCAAAGAAGAAAAACUGAUUAUAAAUAUGUAAAUUAAAAACUCGAAAAUAAUAAAAGCACGUGACAGUUGA